CGAUUUUAAUGUUUAUUUUUUCCGUUACAGUACUUAUUGGUGCAACCUUCAACAUGUUAAUGCGUUGAACGUUUCAGUAGAAUUUCGAAUAUCGCGUGAAAAUGAUUGCCUUACGCACGAACAAACAAACGCAAUCGAAGUUUAUGUAAUGGAGCUGGGCAUUCCGGUCGGCUGUAACGCCGGCAUCGUCGACCCGCAUUCAGUUGACAGCAUGGCGUUCCGAAGCGCGGUGACUAAGAGCGUUGUGGUCGGCGUGUGCCUCGUGUGCGUGGGACACGUGCUGCAGCUGCACACGCGCCUGCUCAGCGACGACGCCAAGCACGCGCUGGGCUACCCCCCGGAUUCCCUACUCAACUUUACCGAGCGCAGCGCGCGCUACGGCUAUCCGGCUGAGGAGCACCGACUGCUCACGCAAGACGGGUACAUUCUGACCGUGUUCCGUAUGGCAGGCACUAGGAGGGACGGUGGCGCCGGGGCGCCUCCUGUCAUUCUGAUGCACGGCUUGCUGCAGAGCGCAGAUGCCUGGCUGGAUGCAGGCCCGGGCGCUGGCCUGGCGUACCUCAUAGCGGACGCCGGCCACGAUCUCUGGCUGGGCAACGUGCGCGGCAACUACUACUCCCGCGACCACGUCCGCCUGCGCCCCGAUACAGACCCCCAGUUCUGGGACUUCUCCGUCGACGAGAUAGGCCUCUACGACGUGCCCGCCACCAUUGACUACGUCUUAAACUACACCAAAGCGGAUAAGGUUAAUUACGUUGGAUUUUCCCAAGGUGCAGGGACGUUCUUCAUCAUGUGUUCCGAAAGACCAGAUUAUUGUGAUAAAGUCGGGGUUCUCGUCGCCUUAGCACCGGCCGCUCGACACACAAAUACAAAAUCUUUGCCUUAUAAGGUUUUAGCGAAGACCAUUAAUUCCAUGGAAUAUGUACUAAACCUGUGUGGUAUGCAGGAAGUGUUUUCGAAAGGUGCGCUCAGUCAAGAGUUCAUGGCGUUUUUCUGCCAAUUCCACUGGAUUUCGGAAUUAGUUUGCGGCACCGCCGAGGCGAUGUUCGAUUCGUUUCAUCCGGGUUCGAUACGAAAGGAAACUUUGAAAGUGCUUUUCGGACAUUUUCCAGCCGGGACGUCAACUCAUAAUAUGGCUCGGUACGGACAGAGUAUGAACAGUGAUAGAUUUCAAAAAUUCGAUUAUGGUAGAUCUAAUAAUAUUAAAUUAUACGGUUCACAUGAGCCUCCCUCGUACAAUUUGAGUGCAGUGAGUGCGCCGGCGGUCGUUCUGUACGGUGAGAAUGACCAUUUAGUCGACGAGAGAGAUGUGAGUUGGUUGCUGGAGCGACUGCCCAAUGUAUUGGAGGCGGUCAGAGUGAGUGAUCCGCUGUGGAACCACCUCGACGUCACCUACAGUCACCUUACAAACCAUAGCAUAUUUCCUAAAAUAAAUGAUUAUUUACUCAAAUAUAGUAAUGAUUGUCAAUUUUAUUAGUAUUUUAUACCUAUAAGAUAUAAACAGUCGGCAGUGAGGACGUUGUAAAUAGAGUUAAGGAGAAUAACUGUAGUCUAGUAUUGUUUAAACUAUUAUAUUAUGUA